AAAUCCCUCUGUGAGCUUCUUUUCUGUGUGUGUGUGUGUGGUAAAAAAACCCUUAGGCAGAGUGUUUGAAAGCCAGCAGUGCUGAUAAUGAGAGUUUAUAACUUUGCAGAUAUUGGCUGUUUUGCUACGUACGAUUUUUUAAGAAGGUAUUUAAACUGAUCCAGCCAGUUGCUGUGGAUGCCUCUGUGUGUGUUUAAUGAACAGCUGGCUCUUUUGAACUGGGAAUUUUAAUACUUUCAGUUCCAUGAAACUGGAAUCGGAGGAGGCAGAUGAUUGUACAAGAGAGGGAGCACAUUUUCUCAUGCGACUUCAGGAGCAGGGAGGGAGGGAGAGGAAAGCAUCGUAAUGUUGCGUGUGUUUCUGUUUCAGCGGAUCAAAUCUUUCCUCUGUCUGCAUCCAAGCUAUUUGGUUGUGAUCAGAUGAUCAGAGCUCAAGGAAGUGAUUGGAGAGCGAGCUGGCUGCAGCUGCACUGUAGGCUGUUUUCAGGGACAAGGAGCCACUGUUUUUCAAACAUAGCAUAAACAUAGAAGUUAUUUUGUAGGCUUCAGGAUGCAGAUAUGGGUUGUGCUGCCAGCAUUGUUCUGCUCCAAGCCUUUCGUUCUGUGGUACAGAGGAACUGUCCACAUAUCUGCAGGCGCCGGCGACGAGAGGAGUUGUCACAUGAAAUUCUGCCGCUGGAUAGUGAUGAUGAAAUGAGCAGACCCAGGACUCUCAUCAUAAUGCAGGAAAAACCCAAACUCUUGGAGCCUUUGGAUUAUGAAGCUGUUAUCACAGAGAUCGAAAAAAAUAUUGGGGACAGCCAGUUUAAGGAUCUGAUAUUAUUCCCUGAUGAUGACUUUUCAAUAGACACAAUUUCACUGGAAAUCAGGACACUGUAUCCUUCUGUACCUGAAGAUGCAGAACAAAAAGCAGAAAAUUUAUUUGUUAGAGAGGCUUGUAAAUACUACAGUUCCCACUGGCAUGUUGUGAACUACAAAUAUGAAUCCUAUUCAGAAGACUUUCGACACUUACCACAAAGUGAAUGUAGACCAGAGAAACUGCCAUCACAUUCCUUUGAAAUCGAUCAUGAAGAUGUGGAUAAGGAUGAAGACACAACAUCCCACUCAUCUUCUAAAGGUGGUGGUGGAGGAGGAGGAGGAGGAGGAUUAGCAGCAGGAGUUUACAAGUCUGGAUGGCUUUAUAAAGGGAAUUUCAACAGCACUGUCAACAAUAGCAUUACUGUUCGGUCAUUCAAAAAGCGCUACUUCCAGCUGACGCAGUUGUCGGAUAACUCGUACAUUAUGAAUUUUUAUAAAGAUGAAAAAAUAUCUAAGGAGCCAAAGGGAUGUAUUUUUUUGGAUUCUUGUACAGGAGUUGUGCAGAAUAACAGGCUUAGGAAACAUGCCUUUGAGUUGAAAAUGAAUGACCUCACAUACUUUGUGCUGGCAGCUGAAAAUGAGCAGGAUAUGGAUGACUGGAUUUUUACUCUCAACAAAAUCCUGCAAAUAAAUCCAGAGGGAACCAUUCAGGAGAGGAAGAGUGCAGAUCUCACUGAUCUGAGACUUGACCCUGCAGAACCUCCAGUGAAUUAUGAUUGCUCUCAAGAAGAGGCAGAUUCUUCAGAGAGCACCUUGCACCCAGACUUCACAAAAUACAUCACAGAAACAGAAGAAACAGUGAAAGCCUCUCGAAAUGCAGAGCGACUAAACCUGUUCUCUUUGGAUCCUGAUAUAGCAGCCUUGAAUCCUCAGAGAAAGGAGUUUGCAGGGACAAACUCAGUGAUAAAGCCAUUUGAAGAAAAGCCUGCAAAGAGGAUCCUGGUUACCUGCAAAUCCCUCAGUUGGAAUCUCCAGGCCUGUGUUACUGAAAAUGAAAAUGAUCCCUUAACCAAUGUAGAGCCUUUCUUUGUGAGCGUGGCACUGUAUGAUGUCAGGGAUGGCAGGAAGAUCUCUGCUGAUUUUCAUGUGGAUUUGAACCACACUCUGGUUAGACAGAUGAUUUCAGGUUCCUCAAGUCCAUUGGAAAAUGGUGCAGUUGAAAAUAUUGACUCAAAUGAAAUGGAAGAACCACAGGUCAAAGGCUUCCCAGAAGAGUGGCUGAAAUACCCCAAACAGGCUCUUUUCUCCAUCAGUAAUCCUCACUCUGAGAUUGUACUGGUGGCAAAAAUAGAAAAGGUGCUUACGGGAAACAUUGCCAGCAGUGCUGAGCCUUACAUUAAGAAUCCUGAUUCUUUUAAGUGUGCACAGAAAGUGUUAAAAUCCAAUAAACAGUUCUGCAGCAAGCUGGGGAAAUACCGUAUGCCAUUUGCUUGGUCAGUGAGGCCAGUGUUUAAAGAUAAUCAGGGAAAUGUUGACAGAGACUCCCGAUUCUCACCCUUAUUCAGGCAAGAAAGUAAUAAGAUUUCCAUGGAAGAUUUGAUUAAACUAAUAGCAGAAUACAGAAGAGCAGAGAAGAUUAGCAAAAUACAGACUAUACCUGGCUGUUUGGACAUUGCAGUUGAUUGUGUUCCUUUGGAACAUCCAAACUGUGUUACUUCAUCCUUUAUUCCAAUCAAGCCAUUCCAUAAUGUAAAGGAGCAUCAACCUACAGUGGAAGUUGAGGAGUUUGUGCAGGAAUCGACAAAAUAUUCUCGACCUUACAGGGUGUACAAGAACCAAAUAUACAUCUAUCCAAAACACCUCAAGUAUGACAGCCAAAAACACUUCAACAAGGCACGGAAUAUAACAGUGUGCAUUGAGUUCAAAAGCUCUGACGAAGAAGGUGCAAAGCCACUCAAGUGCAUUUAUGGGAAGCCAGGUGGACCCUUAUUUACAACCUCAGCCUACACUGCUGUGCUACAUCAUUCCCAGAAUCCUGAUUUCUAUGAUGAGGUGAAAAUUGAACUUCCCACUCAACUCCAUAAGAAACACCACAUUCUGUUUUCAUUUUAUCAUGUCACCUGUGACAUAAAUGCAAAAGCCAAUGCCAAAAAGAAAGAGGCUCUGGAAACACCAGUGGGCUUUGCCUGGCUCCCUUUGUUGAAAGACGCCCAGCUGGCUUCCCAGGAGCACCAGGUGCCAGUGGCCAGCAGCCUGCCCCCCAACUACCUGAGCCUUCAGGAGCCAGCCAGCACAAAGCAGAUUGGCAGUGAUAUAAAAUGGGUAGACAGUGGGAAACCACUUUUCAAAGUCUCCACUUUUGUUGUAUCAACAGUAAAUACUCAGGAUCCAUACCUGAAUAAAUUUUUCCAUCAGUGCCAGGAAAGGGAAAAGGAUCUGUCUCAGCCUCCUACCUCAAACUUUAUCACUUCUUGUAAGAAUUUGCUGAGGAUUGAGAAGAUCCAUGUGAUUAUGAAUUUUCUUCCUGUAGUCCUGAACCAGCUCUUCUGGGUUUUGGUGCAAAACAGUGAUGAUGAAGUUGCAACAGCUGUGACCAGAGUUCUUACCAACAUUGUUGCCAAGUGCCAUGAAGAACAGCUAGACAACUGCAUCAAUUCUUACGUGAUGUACGUCUUCAGGACCAAAUCCUUUGAUGAAAGAACUGUCCAUGAGGAGCUAGCCAAGAAUGUGACUGGGCUGCUGAAGUCAAAUGAACAAGUAACUGUGAAACAGGUUUUAAAGCAUUCCUGGUUCUUCUUUGCAGUCAUCUUAAAAUCAAUGGCACAGCACUUGGUUGAUACAAACAAAAUAAAGGUUUCUCGAACUCGGAGGUUUCCAGAAUCAUUUCAAGCUGAGCUGGACACACUUGUGAUGGUUUUAGCAGACCAUGUUGUUUGGAAGUACAAAGAUGCUCUUGAGGAAACCAGGAAUGCAAACUACAGCACUGCCAAAUUUCUCAAGCGCUGUUUCACAUUUAUGGAUCGUGGGUUUGUGUUCAGGAUGGUCAACAACUACAUAAGUAUGUUUGGAGCUGGAGAUAGCAAGACUUUACACCAGUUCAAAUUUGACUUUCUCCAAGAAGUCUGUCACCAUGAGCACUUCAUCCCUCUGUGCCUGCCCAUAAGGUCUUCAAACAUUCCUGAUACUAUGACGCCUUCAGAAUCAGCACAGGAAUAUCGAACAUCAGACAUUCCAGAGUACACACUGACGAAUGAAUUUUGCCGUAAGCAUUUCCUGAUUGGAGUCCUGCUGCGGGAGGUUGGCUUUGCCUUGCAAGAGGACCAGGACAUCAGGCACUUGGCCCUGGCUGUGCUCAAAAACUUGAUGGCCAAGCACUCGUUUGAUGAUCGAUACGCGGAGCCGGCCAAACAAGCACAAAUAGCAAACCUGUAUAUGCCACUCUAUGGAAUGCUUUUGGACAAUAUGCCAAGGAUUUACAUGAAAGAUAUGUUCCUCUUCAAUAUCAACACUUCCAAUCAGGGAUCCAGGGAUGACCUGAGCACGACUGGUGGGUUUCAGAGCCAGACAGCACUGAAACAUGCAAACUCUGUGGACACCUCCUUUUCCAAAGAUGUUCUGAACUCCAUUGCAGCCUUUUCAUCAAUAGCUAUCUCUGCAGCAAACCAUGCUGACUCCAGAGCUUCCUUAGCAAGUCUUGAAUCUAACCCAAGUACCAAUGAAAAAAACAGUGAGAGAACUGACACGUGUGAAAAGAUCAUGAGACCUUUGUCUUUGAUUGGGUCAGCUCUUCGUUUUGACAAGCUGGAUCAAGCUGAAACUAGAAGCCUUCUUAUGUGCUUCCUUCACAUUAUGAAAACCAUUUCAGAAGAUGCACUGAUUUCCUACUGGUUGCGAGCACCCUUCUCAGAAAUUACAGACUUUUUCAGCAUUUUAGAGGUUUGUCUGCAAAACUUCAGGUAUCUAGGGAAACGCAAUAUUGUCAGGAAAAUUGCAGCUGCUUUUAAGUUUGUCCAGGCCACCCAGAAUAAUGGAACUCUGAAAGGUUCCAACUCCUCUGGCCAGGCAUCAGGGCUGCUCUCACAAUGGAUGCAUUCUACUUCAAGUCAUGAUGGCCACAAGCACCACAGAUCUCAAACAUUACCAAUAAUCCGGGGGAAAAAUGCACUUUCUAACCCCAAACUCUUGCAGAUGAUAGACAGUAGCACUGCAAGCACCUCCAAUGAAACAGACAUUGUUCAGUAUGUAGACACAGAGGCAAACAUUGCUACAGAAGUUUCCCUCACAAUCCUCGACCUGUUGUGUCUUUACACUCUGAAUCACCAGAGGCAGCUCCAACAAUCUGACUGCCAGAAUGUGUUGAUGAAGAAGGUCUUUGACACGCACAUGCUCUUUUUGCAAAUCAACCAGUCAGCAGCAGCUCUCAAACACGUCUUUGCUGCUCUCCGGCUGUUUGUGGGCAAGUUCCCAUCAGCAUUCUUCCAAGGACAAGCAGAUCUCUGUGGUUCCCUCUGCUAUGAAAUCCUGAAGUGCUGUAACCAUAGGUCACGUUCAACUCAGACAGAAGCAUCUGCUCUUCUUUAUUUUUUCAUGAGGAAGAACUUUGAAUUUAACAAGCAGAAAUCAAUAGUCAGGUCCCAUCUACAGCUCAUCAAGGCAGUGAGCCAGCUGAUAGCGGAUGCGGGGAUUGGCGGAUCUCGAUUUCAACAUUCGCUCGCAAUUAUAAAUAAUUUUGCUAAUGGAGACAAGCAGAUGAAAAACGUUAAUUUCCCAGCAGAGGUGAAGGAUCUGACCAAGCGCAUCAGGACGGUUUUGAUGGCCACAGCUCAGAUGAAGGAGCACGAGAAGGACCCUGAGAUGCUGGUGGAUCUGCAGUACAGCCUGGCAAACUCCUAUGCCAGCACACCUGAGCUGCGCAGGACAUGGCUCGAAAGCAUGGCCAAGAUUCACGCGAGAAAUGGAGAUUUAUCAGAGGCUGCUAUGUGCUAUAUUCAUAUUGCUGCUCUCAUUGCAGAAUACCUGAAGAGAAAAGGUUACUGGAAAAUGGAAAAGAUUUGUACCUCACGUAUGCUCCUGGAAGAUGCUCAAGUCUCUGAUAGUAAUGUGUUACUAACAACUCACAAUGGAGGAAGCUUGUUUUCCAUGGGAUGGCCUGCUUUUCUGAGCAUUACCCCCAACAUUAAAGAAGAAGGUGCUAUGAAGGAAGACUCUGGGAUGCAAGAUACUCCCUAUAACGAGAAUAUUCUCGUGGAACAGCUGGAGUUGUGUGUUGAGUACCUCUGGAAGUCUGAGAGAUAUGAGCUUAUCGCUGAGGUCAACAAACCUAUCAUUGCUGUUUUUGAAAAGCAGAGGGACUUUAAAAGGCUGUCUGAACUGUACUACGACAUCCACCGCUCCUACCUGAAGGUUGCAGAGGUGGUGAACUCUGAGAAACGUCUCUUUGGGAGAUAUUACAGGGUGGCAUUUUAUGGGCAGGCUGUGGGCUUUUUUGAAGAAGAGGAAGGUAAAGAGUAUAUCUAUAAAGAGCCCAAAUUAACUGGCUUGUCUGAGAUCUCUCAGAGGCUGAUGAAACUUUAUGCAGACAAGUUUGGAAUAGAUAAUGUGAAGAUCAUCCAGGAUUCCAACAAGGUGAACCCCAAGGACCUGGAUCCCAAAUACGCCUACAUCCAGGUGACCUACGUGACCCCUUUCUUUGAGGAGAAGGAGGCCGAGGAUCGGAAGACUGACUUUGAAAUGCACCACAACAUCAACCGCUUCGUCUUCGAGACGCCCUUCACGCUCUCGGGCAAGAAGCACGGCGGCGUGGAGGAGCAGUGCAAGAGGCGCACCAUCCUCACCACCAGUCACUUGUUUCCCUACGUGAAGAAGAGGAUUCAGGUCAUAAGCCAAACCAGCACAGAGCUGAACCCCAUUGAAGUGGCCAUUGAUGAGAUGUCCAAGAAGGUCUCAGAGCUCAAUCAGCUUUGCACAAUGGAGGAAGUGGACAUGAUCCGACUGCAGCUCAAGCUCCAAGGAAGUGUCAGUGUCAAGGUAAAUGCUGGACCAAUGGCCUAUGCUCGAGCUUUUCUUGAAGAGUCAAAUGCUAAGAGAUAUCCUGAUAAUCAAGUUAAACUUCUGAAGGAAAUCUUCAGGCAAUUUGCUGAAGCCUGUGGCCAUGCCCUGGAUGUCAACGAGCGCCUCAUUAAGGAGGACCAGUUUGAGUAUCAGGGAGAGAUGAAGUCUCAUUACAAGGAUAUGCUCAGCGAGCUCUCUGUAGUUAUGAAUGAACAGCUCUGUCAUGGUCCUUGCUUAUACAGCUUCUCUUCUUCCCUGUCUAACAUUUCCCUCAAUACUAUAGCCAAAAGUGAUUGCCUACAAGGAGGACUCAGCAAAACAUGCAGGGAUGGAGCGCACGUACUCACGAGUCAUCCAUAGAGCCAGCUCCUCUGUGCCAGCAGCAGCCCCUCCAGCAAACCCUGAUGCCUGACUGCAGCGUGGGGAGCACACGGCCUCGGGAAGAUCUGCUGUCUGGGGUGGGGGUUUCUCCUUUGUUGUUGAGGGUAUUUUUUCCUUUUAGAUUAAUAGUACUGAAAAUUAAGUUGAUGGACGAUACCAGGAAAAGGAUUUGAGGGUUAAGUUUUUAAUUUAUUGGAAGUCUUCACGAUGUUAUUUUAAAAAAUGCAAGCUUGAGAAUUUUUUUUAUUUUUUUGCCUGCCCCAAUAUUUGCACAUUCCCUCUCUUUUUUUCUUUUUCUUUUUUGUUGUCAAGUUUUGGUUUUGAGCAGCCUUUAUUAAGCCAGGCUGAUUACAAAAUUCCCAUUGAAUAGAUAGGUACACGGCAAACCCUAAGUUUGCUAUAAAUUAUAAUAUAUCUAAUACUAAGUCCUAGUAUACAUAUAUUUUAAAGGUCAGAGUGGAUGUUUUAUAACAUUUAAGCAUAUUGCAAUUGUAAAUAGAAGAUGUGUAAAAUAUGUCAUUUUUACAAAAUUUUAAAAAAUAUCUUUUUAGUUAAUUAUGACAGUACUAAGAAUAUGGAUAACAUUUCAGUUACCAUUAUAUUAAAAUAUUUGUGUAUGUGUAUAAAAGCGUCCAUAAAAUUUUCUCUUUGAAGCUCUGU